AUGCGCGAAGAAGACCAUGAACUAAUACCAUUAAACCACUCGCAAGGGGCGAGUCGCGAUAAAGCCCGCCGGAGGCAAGGUCGACUCCGCAGGUGGUUUUCAGGGGCAAGGCUCACGCUGGCCCUCGCAUCGGCUGCCUCCAUUCUUGUUUUCGCGUUCAAUCUGGGCUUUCUGCUAUGGGUUGUCGCGCGAGAUCGUCUCACGGAGGGCCGUGGGAUGCUCUACGAGGGCGAUUGCGAUCGCGUGCGCCAUCUGGGUACAGGACUGCAUUUUCUGAUCAAUAUCCUCAGUACCACGCUCCUGGGUGCAAGUAACUAUGGCAUGCAAUGCCUCUGCGCGCCAACAAGAAAGGAUAUUGACCAGGCCCAUGAAAAAGGUAUCUGGCUUGAUAUCGGUGUUCCUAGUGUUCGCAAUCUCUUUUACAUCCCUGUUAAGCGCACAGUUCUGUGGAUGUGCCUGGUGCUCUCGUCUCUUCCUCUCCACCUUGUAUACAACUCCACCAUCUUCUCUACCACGGCAGCUUACUCGUAUACGGUGUUCGCCGGUCCUGAUUCCCUUGAUAUUCCGGCCCCAGAGGACAUUGGGAUGGGCUGGGCAUAUGCUGAUGCUUUCGCCUGGCUUUAUUCUUGCGCACAAAAUAAAACCCUGAUCCGACUUGACGCAGCUGACUGCAUCACCGCUUAUGCAACUACCUAUCAGACAAAGCAUGGUGGCCUGAUACUCAUCACCGAAGACGUUAAUGCAACAUCUGGCUACGAGAGGGUUGGGUUCCAGGAUGUGUAUGUGCCGUCUCAGCAGCCUCCGCCCGGAGGCGAUCCAUACAGGUGGAUGUGCCCGGAAGAUCCGACCAACUGGUGCAGCGCGUAUCUACCCAACCUUUACUCCGAGGCAGAGCAGGAUGCCUGGGUUGUACACGGGGAUAGUCGGAACUACACCGUGACUUCCUGCCUCAGCGCGCCGCUACCAGAGCACUGCAAGCUGCAGUAUUCCCUCCCGCUUACGAUAACUGUUAUUGCCGUCAACUUUAUCAAAGCCGCCAUAUUAUGCUAUAUGUCUGUUACAACGUCGGAAUUACCUCUGCUUACGACCGGAGACGCCGUGGCCUCGUUCUUACGCCGGCCCGACGGACACAGCCUGGGCAAAUGUUUGAUGUCUGCAAGGAAGGUAAGAGCAGUACACGACGGGUACACUGCCUGUAACCUGCGUCAUUGGCCGUUGGUUUAUCAAGCACAUCGAAAGAGGUGGUACUCUGCUGUAUCCCACGGUAAACGGGUGGGCGUUGUGAUACUCUGGGCUAUAGCCCUCGGCAUAUGUGGGUUUCUUCUAGCCCUGGGGCUGGGCUCAGAUGGUCGCGGGGUCUGGGACGCCGAGUUUGGGGCCAUCAACGCGCAAGCCCUAAUCAAAGGCGCGGACUGGCCAACAUCCAUGAUCAAAAACACCAUCAUAGCCAAUAUCCCACAGCUCGUGUUCUCGACGCUAUACUUCAUCCUAAAUGGCGUUGUAACAACCAUGGCACUCGCCGCAGAGUGGAGCCAAUACGCCGUAUCACGGAGAGGCCUCCGCGUGUCCUGGAAUCCACAGUACGCACAGCGUAGUAGGUAUUUCCUCUCGCUGCCAUACCGCUACGCCAUGCCCCUCAUGGCCGCCUCUGCGGUCCUGCACUGGCUUAUUUCGCAAAGCUUGUUCCUCGUGGGGAUCGAAGCCUAUGACGAAGGCUUUGCACGCAAUCCAGACCGUGACCUUGCGACGUGUGGAUAUACCCCCGUUGCAAUCGUCAGUAGCAUGGCAGUCUGGACCUUCAUGUUCGUCUGCUUGGUCGCCCUGAGCUGCAUGAAAUUUGCAUCGGGCAUGUAUGUUGCCGAUAGCUGCAGCCUGGCUAUUGCCGCGGCUUGCCACCCUAAGUAUAACCCGAAUCUCGACGAAUUUGACCACCGGCAGGACCUGAACCCACCCGAGGGAAUGGAAUUCAUGCCGCUUAAAUGGGGGGCGCUUCCCCUUGAAGGGGCCCUGCGGCAUUGCACGUUCUCUGCUGAUGAGGUCGAGGUGCCUGAGGAUGGGCGUCAGUACCAAUGA